AUGUCGGCCCAAUUAAACCCCCCAGCCCAAGUCAGCCCAAACCUAGCUCCACCACCUUCAUCGUCUUCGAUUAAAAGCUGCAACAAAACUCUUGUCGAGUCGCACACACCCUCAUCGUCAGCGAAGCUCUGCCCGAAUUCCAUCACACCCGCCACCGCCGUUUCAGAAAAAGCCGGAGCUCCUACGCGUGAUUCCGUAACCGUGAGAAGAAGCGCACGCGAGUCAACGCCGAGCCGCCAUCUUCUCGAUCACAUCGCCGCCGAUCACCAACGCCGUUGGUUAAUCUUCAAGCUUCUUCUCCUCCGUCCGUUUGUUCUGGUGUUGCUGUAUCAUCGCUGCUUCAUUGUUGUGAGAUUGGAGGAGAAUUGUUUGCUCCAUGAUCAUACUCCAUGUCCCAAGAUUAGUAUCUCUCAUUAUAUCCACAUUGGUUCCCUUGAGCAAGGUACCCAUCUAAAGGUUCUCCUUGAUAAGUGUAUGAGCUUUCAAAACCAUGGUGACUUGUGGAAAACCUAG